UCUAUCCGAGAAGUCACAGGCUAUGUUUUGGUGGCUUUGAAUCAAUUUGAAUACCUGCCAUUGGAGAACCUGCGCAUCGUUCGUGGGACCAAACUCUAUGAAGAGCGAUAUGCUUUGGCAAUAUUUCUUAACUACAGAAAGGAUGGUAACUUUGGACUCAGGGAACUUGGCUUGAGGAACUUGACAGUAACGAAGACAGUGUGUGCAGAGCAGUGUGAUGGACGGUGCUAUGGGCCCUAUGUCAGCGACUGCUGCCACCGGGAAUGCGCUGGAGGCUGCUCCGGCCCUAAAGACACCGAUUGCUUUGCCUGUAUGAAUUUCAAUGAUAGUGGUGCAUGUGUCACACAGUGCCCCCAGACUUUUGUAUACAAUCCUACCACCUUCCAACUGGAGCAUAAUCACAAUGCCAAGUAUACCUAUGGGGCUUUUUGCGUCAAAAAGUGCCCACACAACUUUGUGGUAGAUUCCAGCUCAUGUGUCCGUGCAUGUCCGAGCUCCAAGAUGGAGGUUGAAGAAAAUGGUAUUAAGAUGUGCAAGCCCUGCACUGACAUUUGUCCUAAAGCGUGUGAUGGCAUUGGAACAGGGAGUUUAGCAUCAGCUCAGACGGUGGAUUCCAGCAACAUUGACAAGUUCAUAAACUGUACCAAGAUCAAUGGCAACCUUAUCUUCCUUGUUACUGGGAUUCAUGG